GUUUCGAUAGCGUGUUUUUAUGAUCCAGCUUCCUGGAGAAGCAAAGUUAUCCUCCAAACGUGUUCAAAGUUGACGUUUUUUCUUCCCUAAUCGACCCCUGGAUUUGAUGAAAUGUCUGGCUUUCGGGAUAUUUCAGAUUACCAGCAGCUGAUGGUGAUAAAAGAAGAUGUUCUCCCUGAGCAGCAGGAGAGGCUGAACCAGGAGAGGCAACCAGGACCAGCACAUAUUAAAGAGGAACAGGAGGAACUGUGGAUCAGUCAGGAGAGGCUGCAGCUUCAGGCAGCAGGGAAGGCUGAUAUCAAUGUGUUCACAUUUACUCCUGUCCCUUUGAAGAUUGAAGAAGAGGAUAGAGAGGAACCUCAGCCCUCACAGUUUGAUGAAGACCAAAGUGAGGAGGACAGAGAUAGAGAGCAUUUGAAACAAGAAUCUGAUGGAGAGGACUCAGGGGAAUCAGAAGCAGACAGAGACUUGAAUCCAGGCAGUAAUUUACAGCCAGUUACUCCUGAUGAGUCUACAGACCUUUCUGCAUCUGAGACUGAUGACAGUGCUGAUUGGGAGGAGAGUGAUGAGCCUCAGGAAGGUUUAAAUUCUUUGCAAAACAACGACAUAGCUUUAAGUGAUAUGAAAUGUAACCCUGGAGACACAUCAGUUAGGGCCUCUGAAUGUGCUCCAAGCUUUGGACAGAAACAACCAAUGCAGAAACAUAAGGGAACCCAUUUGGGAGAGAAACAAUUUAGUUGCUCAGUUUGUCAAAAAAGAUUUUCCAAACAACGGAAUCUAAAGUCACAUUUGACUGUCCACACAGGGGAGAAACCGUUUAGCUGCUCAGUUUGUCAUAAAAGAUUUCGUCGGCAAGGAAUUCUGAAGCAACACUUUAGUGUCCACACAGGGGAGAAACGGUUUAGUUGCUCAGUUUGUCAGAAAAGAUUUUCUCAACAAAGGUACCUAAAGCAGCACUUCUUUGUCCACACAGAGGAGAAACCAUUCAGUUGUUCUGUUUGUCAUAAACAGUUUUCUCACCAGAGAUACCUUAAGCAACACCUAAGUGUCCACAUGGGGGAGAAACCUUUUAGCUGUUCAAUUUGUGGUAAAAGUUUUUCUCGGCAAGCGCCUCUGAAGGACCACUUAACUAUCCACACAGAGGAGGAACCAUUUAGCUGUUCAAUUUGUGGUAAGAGAUUUUCUAACCAGAGAUAUCUGAAUGAACAUUUGACUGUCCACACAGGAGAGCAACCAUUCAGUUGUUCAGUUUGUGGUAAAAGAUUCUCUCGUCAAGGACAUUUGACAGUACACUUGACUGUCCACACAGAGGAGAAACCAUUUAGCUGUUCAGUGUGUGGAAAAAGUUUCUCUCAGCAGCGAUAUCUGAAGCAGCACAUGAGUGUCCACACAGGGAAGGACAAAUUUAGCUGUUCAUUUUGUGGCAAAGGAUUUUCUCACCAACGAUAUCUGAAGAUACACUUGCCCCUCCAUACAGGGACUCAAUCCUUUAGUUGCUCAAUUUGUCAUAAAAGAUUUGCAAGAGGUGGAGACGCAAGAAGACACGCCCUUGUCCACACAGGGGAGAAACCCUUCAGUUGCUCGCUUUGCGGUAAAAGAUUCACAAGAAGUGGAGAUGCAAGAAGGCACACUUUCCUCCACACAACAAAGAAACAAUUAAGUUGCACUGCUUGUGAUCAAAGAUUCAUACAGCGAGAGCAACUGAAAAAUCAUAAGUGUGUUGGCGAGAGCAGUCAAAAUCCAAAAUAAACUUGCUUCAUUGCAUUUGUCUUGCUAAGAGGAAGCCACUUAAUGAUUUAAAUUCUGCUUAUAUACUGGUAUUUGUUAUUGUUGUUUCCACCUUAUUCUUUACUUCUUUAACCUUGAUCCAGGUUAUUCAGUGCUGUGCUCAUGGUGGAUUAAUGUUGGAUCUUUGUAAAUAUUGUAACAAAGAGUACAGUUUUAACUUCCUCUUUCUUUAAAGAGUCUUGAUAAUUUUUGAAAUUACAGUAUACCAAGUAAGAUUAUUUUGAUCGACAGACUGGGGGAAAGGGGAUGUCUUUAUUCACAGGACAUCAUUAACAUUAUUUUGGACCCAGGGUAAUUAUUUUACGCUAUUGAUAUAUUCAAACUCUUACAGUUUAUAUAAAAUAUAUGGUGAUUUAAGCAAUACUG